AUGUCCAUGUUUAUGACACAACCCGCCUACGCCUACGCGGCAGCUCCUCCACCUCCCAGACAAUACUCGGGAACAAGCAGUGCCUUCAGUGCUUCUGCCAACCCCGACGAGGACUGGACCAAGAUCUCUGACCUUGCUGAGCGCCGAAGAAUACAGAACCGCAUUGCUCAGCGCAACUACCGCAAGAAGCUCAAGCGCCGCCUUGAAGACCUCGAGCGCCGUGCUGGUUCUUCUGACGAUGCCGAGUCCGAUAAGCAGCCACAGAAACCUACCAAGUCGAAGCGAUCCCCCUCCGCACCCAAGUCUCAAAAAUCGCAAUCCGGAGCUCCCAGCAAGUCUGUUGCUUCACAGGGCCAGUUCACUCCUCCCAUGGAGCAUACUGACGAGCUUUUCUUCUCUGGCAACUACGACGACCGAGCUCGCUCAGACAGCCCUCCUCAGUUCACAUACUCAACAUACCCUGCUCCCGAUGAGAUCCUCCUCGCACCCUACGGUUCUACUCAGUCAUACCCAGCCAUCACAACCGCUGAUGCCUACCCCAACUACAUGACAGCGUCUACAGUGCCCAUGACACUUCCUUCCAUGACGCACUUUAGCGAUGCCAUCAAGCGGGAGACGUACCCUAGUGACGACGGACUCACUCCUUACAUGACCUACGGUUACAUGCCACCCAUGGACUUCAACUCUGGUAGCCCAUACGAACAGUCCAACCCUCAUACUCCUCCGCUGUCACAUUCUUUCGACCACUCUGCCAACUGCUCAGAGGCUGGAUUCGACUACCCUGCCACGCCUCUUUCCAUGCCUGGCUCGCCUGGUCUAAUCCAGCACCAAUAG